CAAGACUUCAGGCAGCUUCACUUUGCGUCCGCUCUACCAUGACGUCGUUCCUGUUGAAUUUAUUUUUGCUGCUUUUUGUGGCGGCCUGUGCUCGCUGUGAGCUACCUCCAUGGCGCCGACAGGCGUUCGCAAAUACCACGAGUUCGAGUACAUUGCCCGACUCCUAUGAUGUGGUAUGGACGUCACAAAGCACGAACUCAUCUGGUUCAAUGCCAGUAGGUGGAGGAGACAUUGGGCUGAAUGCGUGGGCGGAGAAUGGUACUUUUCAAAAGUACUGCUCCAAGUGCAACAUGGCUAACACACGUAGGCACUAUCUUAUUUUAUAUCGCAAAGAGCGGGACUUUCGACGAGAAUAACUCCAUGCUCAAGCUAGGACGCGUCCGUCUUGCCAUGGAUCCUAGCCCUUUCGCCUCCAAUGCUACGUUUGAACAACGACUUAUCCUCAAUGAUGGCUAUGUCACGUUCAAGAUCGGCAACGGUACAGUCGUUUCACUUUGGGUCGAUGUUUUCAACCCAGUUAUCCAUGUCAAUGUCAAGAGUGCGACGAGCGUUGGCCUUACGCUCUCGUACGAGAACUGGCGAUACAAAGAUCGCAUAAUGGUUCCUGGAGAGCAGGCACAAUCGAGCUGGGGAGUCGGAACCUCAGCCCCAGUCUUUCCAAUCGCCCCUUUGACUACCUACGCCGACAAUAUCUCUUUCUCCGGCGACGAUGUCCUGGCCUACCACAGGAACUCACAACUUCCGUUGUGGGAUUUCCAAACAGAGCAGCAGAACCUGACCGAGUACAAGGAUACGCUAUACAACCCGAUGCGCGACAAUACUUUCGGUAUUUUGAUAUCAUCCCCUCAAUUGAGACGUGGCGACGUCACUGAUGGCCACUAUAUCAAUACGGAUUUCAAGGCGUGGAGUCUGGUGUCACCAAGCCCGGUAACGGAGUACGACAUAUCGCUUACCAUUGCCCAAAACCAGACCUCGACACUCGAAGAUUGGAUGGCAUUACUGAAGGACACGGUUAAUACUGCCGCACGUAAUACUCAAGAGGCGAGUAUUUCCUGGUGGAACGACUACUGGAAGCGAUCGUACAUUAUCGUCAAUGAAGACGCUGGCGCGACCGACGGAGGAUUCCAGGUUGGCAAGAAUUACCAGCUCUUCCGAUAUAUGAUGGGCUGUAACGCAUUCGGGCAAUGGCCCACCAAGUUCAACGGAGGUUUGUUUACAUUUGAUCCUGUCUUUGUCGCCUCGGCCAAGGCAUGGACUCCCGACUACAGGAGAUGGGGCGGUGGAACCUUCACGGCACAAAACCAACGACUUCUCUAUUGGCCCCUGCUGAAGAGCGGCGACUUUGACGUCAUGCGAGCACAGUUCGAUUUCUACAAGCGCAUCGAACCCGCUGUUCUACUGCGUGGUCAGCUCGGAUUCAACGUCAACGCCUCGUUCCAUGUGGAGCAGAUCGAUAACACUGGUCUCUCCAAUUUGUACGAAUUCAAUGGUAACUAUUACCGCAACGUCUCAGGGAGCAGAGAGCGACCAGAAGGUUUCCCCGCGGCCAUGGACUUCGGAAGCUAUCAGACUUGGGUACAGGACACAGCGAACGAGUUCAUCGACAUGAUUCUGCAGGCCAAUAUCUACUCUGGCUUCGAUGUCACGCCUUAUAUGCCGUUUAUCGAGAAUCAGCUGCGGUGGUUUGAUCUUUUCUACCAAAAGCUACACACCACAUACGAAGUCUUCCCUCUUACCGGAAACAGCGGUAAAGGCAAACUGGUCAUCUUCCCCGGCUCCGCGGCCGAAACAUACAAAGGUGCCUACAACCCCAGCAGCACCACCUCCGGUCUGAAAAAGUGCCUCACGGACCUCCUCGCCGUCGCGCCCGCCUACACCGUCGGCAGCAAAGAGUACUACACGGGCUUCCUCGCGCGGGUCCCGGACACGCCGCUGCGGGUGCAGCAAGGGCAGAUCUGCAUCGCGCCGGCGCUGGCGUACGACCGCAUCCAGAACUCGGAGAUCCCGCAGCUGUACCCCGUGUUCCCGUGGGGCGAGUUCGGGCUGGGGCUGCCCAACCUGACGUAUGCGCAGAACACGUACGCGCUCGACACGGAGACGCAGGGCGCGCACGCCGACUACGGCUGGAAGCAGGACGGCAUCUGGCUCGCGCGCAUGGGGCUGACGGACGGUGCGGCCCGCGACGCCCUCAGCCGGUUUGCGGACAGCACGACAUUCCGCUUCUCGGCGUUCAAGGGCCCGAAUUUCGACUGGGCCCCGGAUAUGAACCACUACGGCGCCGCCGCGAUAGGGCUGCAGGAACAGCUGCUGCAGACUUUUGCGGGCCGCUCGAUUCGCAUCGUGCCUGCGUGGCCGAAGACGUGGAGCGGGAGGUUCAAGCUGCACGCGCCAUACAACACGACGGUGCAGGGGACGGUGAAAGACGGGGAGGUGCUGGAUCUGGUUGUGGAGCCGGCCGAGCGCAUGGCCGAUGUUGUGUUUGGAACGGCGUAGGAGUUGCCGUCCACGGGGCAAUAGGAGGGGUGGGUGGGCUGCAUACUUCUGGCAAGCCGCGAGGCUGAGCUGAGACUAGAUUACGCUCUGCGCAUCUCGGAGUAAUCGACUCAAAUGCAGUUGCUGCGUCAAGAAAAGGGCCGCUGGAAGGGAAGCAAGUGAAAUCGCUCGUGACGUU